AUGGGUGCAACACAAUCAGCAGUGAUUCAAGAUGCAAGUGAUGAUGAAGUGGAAUAUAGUGAUGCUGAUACAGAUAUAAGUCAUUCAACACCGAUCAAAAAUGGUUAUGUUACAGGGAAUAGUGAAACUGAUGAACUAAAUGAAUUGAGAAUUGCAUUUGAAAAAUGUCGUCAAGAAAAUUUUUUUCUUCGUGAAUCGCUUGGUCUUUCUAGUGAAGAUCUAGUCGACCGAACUAGAGUACUACCUAUUCCGUCAGCGACAAGUCCAUCGUAUUCGUCCAAUACAUUAAUAGCACAAUAUGAAGAACGUGAAAGAGUUCUUCUAAAUGAAAAUAAUUUCUUAAAACGCGAAAUCGAUACAUUAGACUUUCAAUUAAAAGAAACUUUUGAUAAAUUAGAAAAAUUAAAUAAUGAACAUCAAAACGAAAUUGCAAGAAGCGAAGAUGAAAAAGUUAAAGCUGAUCGUACAUUACGACGUUUAAAAUCUGAUUAUGAUACUCGUAUUGCUAAUAUGAAACAAGGGGGAGUACAAUCAUCAGCUAAUCAUGAAACAUAUCGACAUGAGCCAUUACUUGCUCGAAUUCGUUUUACUUAUCCUUUGCAAGGACAAGCAACUUCCAAUGUCGAUAUUCAAGCAUAUCUUGAUAAAAUUGCUGAUCAAGAACAUAUUAUAAAACAACUUACCAAGGGAAAGGCACCAAUGCCAAUAACAUACCCACCCAAUACAGAUUCUGAAUUGACUUAUGAAAAUAUUCAACGAUUGAAAGAUAAAAUAAAACGUUAUAGUGAAGAUUUUAAUAAAUUACAAAGUGAAUGUGAACAACUUAGACAAAGUGAAAAAAAAUUACGACAUGAAAUUGAUGAGAUACAACGUUAUUGUAUUCCUUUUGAAAAACUUAAAGAUCGUGUACGAGUAUCUGUACCAUCAACAUCAUCACCGUUUACUUCUGCUAAUCAACAAACUGAUAGUCCACAAUCACUUGUCACUGGAACAACAUCAAAUCUUCGAGAAGAUGCUACACAUGUAUCUAAUAUAAAAGAUUAUGUAGCACAAUUAGUACAGGAAACAGCUGAUUAUCAAAGAAUAGUCAAAAACCAAGAUGCAGAAAUUCAAGAAUACAAACUUCGAUCAAAUUCUAAAUCUGAUAUAAGAAUAAGAGAACUUGAAUAUGAUAUAGAAAGUUUAAAAAAAGAAGUUGAAAAUCGUGUUCAAAGUUUGAAAGUAUGUACUGAUGAAAAUGAACGAUUAAGAGCAACACAAUCACAUCGUCUUGAAGAAAUGAAACUUCAAUAUACUGAAGAAAUUCAAACUUUACAUGAAGAACACGAAGAACUUACACAACAAAUUCGACAAUCAAAUGAACGUUAUGAUCAAUCUAAAGCAGACGUAGUCGAAACACAACGACAGUAUGAAGAAUUACGAAUCAAAUAUGAAAACACAGUACGUACUUAACAAAUAAUUAGGUUUAUUGAGAGCGGGCAUAAAUAGUUAUCAAAUCCGCAUCCACAUUCAUAUCCAAGGGGUUCAAAGUGGGUCUUGAAU